CGACGAUGAAACAAUGACGCACAUCUGCACGCCAUUUUGCGAAGAACCCUGCGAACCAUACGGGAUAUGCACCGCACCCAACACCUGUAUCUGUUUGAAUGGUUACGAACUGGUCGAUAAGAGUCAGAGAAACGAUCCGCAUUUCUUCUUCGGUGACUCGGUCUGCAAACCCAUCUGCAUGCAGGGCUGCGUGAACGGCUACUGCCGUUCACCGGGGGAAUGCUACUGCCUCCCAGGCUACGAAACGUCCAGCUCAGGGCCCAACGUCUGCCAACCUUACUGCGAGACCACUUGCAUCAAUGGUCACUGCAGCGCUCCAAACACCUGCGAAUGCGACCCAGGCUAUCUACCUGCGACAGGCAAUCCUGAUGAAUGUGUACCUUCCUGCGAGCAUCCUUGUGAGAACGGUUACUGCAGCGCUCCCAACACGUGCACCUGUGACAACGGUUACCAUCUGAACCCGGACAACUUGUUCGCGUGCGAUCCUAUGUGUACCGAAGAAUGUCAAUUUGGAACCUGUACUGCGCCCGAUAUGUGUACCUGUCAUGAUGGAUACUCCUCGAGAAACGCGACCGUGUGCGAACCUGUCUGCUCGAAACCCUGUGUCAACGGCUUCUGCAGUGCUCCAGAGAUCUGCAGCUGCAACUCGGGCUACAAACUGUCCGAGGACGAUUCUAGCCACUGUAAACCUGUCUGCGCUCAGGACUGCGUCAAUGGAUUCUGCGUCGAGCCGAACAAAUGCGAGUGUCAAUCAGGCUACUGGUCACCUAACGACAAUCCCGAUAUUUGUGACCCGAUCUGCGAGUUAGGCUGCGCCCACGGACGCUGUAGUAAUCCAAACGAGUGCGAGUGCAAUGCCGGCUAUCGAUUAUCGACGAGUAGAUGGAACAUUUGCGAGCCUGUCUGCGAGCAGCUCUGCGAGAACGGGUUUUGCAGUGCACCGAACAAGUGCAGUUGCAAUCACGGUUACACUCCGUCGCAGAGCUCCCCGAACGUUUGUGAUCCCGUAUGCAGCAAAUCGUGCAGUGACAAUGGGAUCUGCUCUGCACCAGACGUCUGCGUGUGCAAGGAAGGUUACAAAUCGAUGGAAAACGUAGCUGCGUUCGACUGUGAGCCUAUCUGCGAAUUCGACUGCGGGAAUGGUACUUGCACGUUUCCAAACGAGUGCACCUGUUACACUGGCUACGCGAAAGAUGGAGAGGGUAGCUGUGUACCCUUCUGCGAGUCCUGCGACAAUGGGACCUGCGUGGAGCCAGGGGUCUGCGAGUGUAACGAUGGUUUCGUCUCGGUCCCACGUGGAAAUGAAAGCUUCUGUAAACCGUACUGCGAAAAUUGCACCAAUGGAGAGUGCGUAGCACCCGGUAACUGCCAAUGCAAUGUUGGCUACGUGAAAGAGGAUAAUGGUAAUGCCAUUGAAGGCAGCGACUGCGUCAGCGCGUGUAAGGAUGGUUGCCACCACCGUGGAGUUUGCGAUGUCGAGGACAGGAUGUGCAGUUGUUAUUACGGAUGGAGCGGGAUGUCCUGCGAGGAAGCACAAUUUUGUGUCGCGAAGAUAGACAACAGGAUCGAUCGUUUAAACAUAUCUAUCCGCUACGACAUGAACGACGAGAUUGGUUACGUGAUCGCAAACAGCCCCCUGUGUCACCACGAUUGUGUGGACGAUGUCAAUAACGAAACGUUUUGCUUCGGAAGACUUAGGAUGGACAACGAGGAAAAUGACACGAUCACCUGUCUUAUCGGCACAGAUUCUAAAUGCCAUCGAGUGUAUGCGGGACACGUGCUAGAUCUAAAUUACAGUACAAUGGCUGGAAUCGGGGGUGCUACGACGAUCAUAGCCGGUACCUCUGCUGUGAUCUACGCACUGGCGCGAAAAGGAAGAAAGAGGAGAUAUUCGCCGGAUAGCGAGUCAGUCACGUCGAUGCAGGGACAAACAUACACAGAUAGCGAGUCAGUCACGUCGAUGCAGGGACACACCAUGCUGCUAUCCGAGGAGGACAACAACCUCCGGACGGAAAAUAUGAGAAUUGUUGGCAGUAUCGUCUUCAUAAACACGAUCCUAGUGAUGGAAGUACUGCUGUUGGGGACCAACGAAGACGGAUCAGUUUGCAGCGUGGUCGUGAGCCGAAGGGAGUCGCGAUACGUGCCGUACAGAGAACGGUACAAGGACAUAUACUGGAACUUCGAAAUAGUAAAGACCAGGUUCAACUACAGGAUCGAACACUUCAUCGUCACGGAAACGGAGAAGAGAUGCUGCGUCGGCUACAAGGCGCAGAACGGCAUCUGCGUACCAAUGUGUUCGGAUCAGUGCGAGAACGGGAAAUGCACGAAACCGAACACGUGCGAAUGCGACGAAGGAUAUCAACCGUCGAGUGACCCGGCGAAGAAGGCACACGUCUGCGAACCAGUGUGCAAGGGCUAUUGCCAGAACGGUGUUUGCAUAUUACCCGAUAUGUGCGUAUGCAACCCCGGCUACCAGACCGAGAAUUACCUCCACUGUCGGCCAAUUUGCCACGAGGACUGCGAGAAACGUAACGCGUACUGCGCGAGAGCGAACCAAUGCGUGUGCAAACCAGGCUAUCAGUCGGACGACUCCAAUGCCGAGGACAGCAAUCGCACCCUGUGCACGCCGAUCUGUGGAACGCGAUGCGUGAACGGAAAGUGCACGGCGCCGGACGUUUGUACCUGUCACGAUGGCUACAAACCGAGCAGCGACGAGACGAUGAAGCACGUGUGCGAGCCAUUUUGCGAGAAACCCUGCGUGAACGGCUCCUGCACAGCGCCUGGAGUAUGCAACUGCACCGACGGCUACUGGCUGAACGGGACCAAGGAGGAACAAGCGUGCGUGCCAUUUUGUCGAGUCCCGUGCGAGCCUCAUGGCCGCUGCGUGGCACCCGACACCUGCAGUUGCUUCCACGGCUAUCGAACGAUCGACACCAGUGUCAAAGAGAACGAAAUACCCAGCAACGUCACGGACGAGCACGCGUCAGCCUGUGAGCCAGUCUGCGAGCAGAGUUGCGCGAAUGGCAGAUGCACGGAGCCUAACGUUUGCACCUGCGACGAGGGCUACGUGAAAGAUGCGAAAGGUUCGUGCAAACCGUCCUGCUCUUCCUGCGUCAACGGAACUUGCAUCGCGCCGAUGAAAUGCCAGUGUCUGCAGGGUUUCGUCCAGUCGAACGAGUCCGUCUGUGCGCCAUACUGUGAAAAUGGCUGUGAAAAUGGAGAGUGCGUGGCACCGAACGAUUGCCGGUGCCUCACCGGGUUCCAAAUGAAUCGAAGCAACAGUACCUGCGUUAAAUCCUGCACACGCGCGUGCAAAGGCCACGGGAUCUGCGUGGAGGACGAGAAACCCUGCGAAUGUUCUUACGGAUGGACAGGCUGGGACUGCGAUCAACCCACUGUGUGCAUUCUGUUGAUAGACGUCGAUGACAAAAGUCUGGCUGGACUCACGGUCCAUAACGAGACGAACAGCACGCUAAUCGAUGCCAAACGUUACACGCCGUACUGCUAUCAGUGCAAGGAGACGGUUGACAAUACGAGUUUCUGCUUCUCCAUAAGUUCCGACGACAGUCCAUCGACGAUUGGCUGCUUCGUCGAGACAGAGUCGCCGUGCUAUCUGAUGUAUCACAGCAGCACCGACGCAGUGUCCAGGAUGGCCGGGACAUUAGCAGCCGUGACGAUUUUAAUAAUGGCGGCCGCCACCGCAGCGACGUACUUCGUAAUCCGCAGACACCAGAAGUCUAUCGCGCAGUCCGCGCUGUUCCAGGGGUCUGUGGCGAACGAGUCCCUCAUCUCUAACGAGGAUGGACACGUAACGUCGUGCACGUUGAAUUUACACGUGCAGAACGAGAACGAGCUGGAAUGA